AUUUUGUGAUGCCAGUUUUCCAGACUCCCCACCGAAACCAGACCCCCUUCCGUCUCUUUCUCCAUCAAAAAAUUUUCUCCAUCUUUUCUUUUCACCUUUUUCUCUCUUCUAGAAUCUUUUUAUUGCAGCCGAUCUUCAAGCUCGCGAAUUUUUUCCCCUCUUUUGUGUGUAAGUUGAUCUUUUCUGUAUCAUCUAUCUUAUUCCUACUCAAUCGAAUUGGUUCCUCUCUCUCUCGUAUUAAUUAUGCUUUCUGUUAUUGUUCUUUGGCCUCAAGAAAUUGUUAAUUUUUGGGAGUUUUAAUCGCAGCUGGUAAAAUUGAGCUCCCAGAAAUGUGUCGCUUUGGGAUUUUGAAGUUUGCUAAUUGUUUAUUGAGCAAUAAUUGUUUCCAUUCGCGCCAGAUGCAUCAAAUUUCAAUCUUUUUUAGUGGGCAAGUGAAAAUUUAUCUUGGUUGUUGCUGAUAAUGGGAAUUUUUUUAGUGUAUCAAGCGCAACAUGUGUGUUAUUUGCUGAUUUUGACUCUUUUUUUUUUUUUUUUAAAAAAACACUUAUUAUCUGGAUUUCUCUCUUUUUUUAUUUUUAUUUUUUCCCCAACUUAUAGUUGGAAAGAGGUAUGAUCUUGCACAAUUUUGAGUUGCUAUGUCUGUUAAUGUGGUUAUUGGGAAGUUUUCAUAUGUUCAUGAGUUUUGAUUUAUGGACAAAUGUGGAUUUGUCUUUGUAGAGAACUGGGAAGUUGCUGAAUUAGCUGUUAGUAGUGAUUGGAUUUUAUUGGAAGAUAUUUGGAGAGAAUGGGGUGCUGCGGGUGCAAAGGUUUCUUUGAGUGCUUAUUGAAGCUCUUGAAUUUCAUUUUGACUUUGGUUGGUUUGGCUAUGGUGGGUUAUGGUAUCUACCUCUUUGUGGAGUACAAGAAUAAUGCAGCCCCAGGGGAUGACUCUGGUACUCCUGCACCUUCGGCCGGGGAGAUGAUCCAGCUAGGUCGGCCCAUGCUCAUGGCGGUAUCUCUUGCUGACAACAUUUUUGAUAAACUUCCAAAAGCUUGGUUCAUAUACUUGUUUAUCGGUGUCGGUGUAGCUCUUUUUAUCAUAUCCUGUUUCGGUUGUAUUGGAACGUCAACAAGAAAUGGAUGCUGCUUGACUUGUUAUGCAGUGUUGGUGAUACUACUGAUCUUGGUUGAAUUGGGUGUUGCUGGUUUUGUUUUCUUUGAUAAAAGCUGGCAAGAGGAUAUUCCAACUGACAAAACUGGAGACUUUGGUAUGAUCUAUGAUUUCCUGAAAGAGCAUUGGAAGAUUGUCAAAUGGGUUGCCCUUGGUGUUGUUGUCUUGGAGGCUCUUGUAUUUCUGUUAGCUCUUGUGGUGCGAGCUGCAAACAGACCAGCUGACUAUGACAGUGAUGAUGAGUAUAUUCCUAGGCAGCAAAUCCGUCAGCCAUUGAUAAGCAGCAGCAGGCCACCACAGGUUCCUGCUACUGGGGUCCCAGUUGCAGGUGCUCUUGAUUCUCGCCCCAGUAGGAAUGAUGCUUGGAGCACAAGGAUGAGAGAAAAGUAUGGGCUUGAUACAUCGGAGUUCACAUACAACCCAUCAGAAUCAAACAGGGCUGCUGAUCCAGACUUCAAAGACAUUGAUCCGAAGCAGCAAGAAGUGGUGUCGCUCGAAGAAUCAGACGUUGGCCAACGCCAAGUCUAG